CACACCCACACUCCCCCUCCCUGAGUGCUGGGCGUAACAAGCGAGUUCGGUGUGUUGGAGGAGCAGGAGGUGGACGGUAUGAGAAAAGAGGCAGAUCCUCUCCUUUCAGACGUGAGAGUGAAGCACCUAAUUGCUUAGUCCGUCCCUCAUUACCAUAUCCAAUGUAGAGUUUGCUGGACUCUGGCCAAUCUGCUCUCGCUCACAUGGUACCAUUCAUCGCGAUGCAUUAUUCACUAUCAUAAUUAUAUAGCGACAUGCGCAAUCCACACGGCAACAGCAACACCAGCUAAUUUCCGUCAUUUUUUUUUUUUUACUACCAGACUAUUUGCGAACAUUUUUUUCACCCACUCGCUCGCAGCAGCAGCUGAUGUAUCUGCAAAAAGCAGCGACAUCUCGCCGCGCAGCAACAGCAGCAUGUCCCGUCGCAAGCAAGCCAAGCCGCAGCACCUCAAGUCUGACGAGGAGGACCCCGCACUCGGAGGAGUCCUCUCUGAGAAUGCCCAUGGAGAGGUGCUGGACGACGCUGACAGUGGAAACGAGAGCCGCAGUGGCAGCGAGGAGACCCAUGUGUGUGAGAAGUGCUGCGCUGAGUUCUUCAAGUGGUCCGACUUCUGUGAACAUUUGAAGAGCUGCACCAAGAACCCGCUGGUGCUCAUUGUAAAUGAGAAUGAGGGCACGCCCGAUCCUCCCCAGGAGUACCCUGUCGAGCCCUCCCCUGAACCCAGCUGCUCCAGCGAACAAGCGGACAGCGACGAGCCCGGAGAGGGCAACCACAGCACGGCCGGAGACAUCGAUGAGGUCCCAGAGUUGACGGGCUUCGAGGGGGUCGGCGCCCUGGAGAAGGAGGACGACGCCAUGGAAGUGGAGCUGUCUCCUGAGAAAAUCUUGGAUCCUGAAGAGCAAGACAUGUCCCCUGAGCCUGAAGGCUGCCUACCUCUGCUCAGUGACGCAUCCCCCUCCCCUGCCACCGGCUAUGCUAUGCCUAGCACCAACGUCACCCUGGAGACGCUGCACGGCACUCGGGUGGCCGUGGCUCAGUUCUCGCAGAGCGUGAAGGCUGCAGUGGGCAGUGGCGUCUCCACCAUGGCCAUUCCCAUGAUCCUGGACCAGCUGAUGGCCCUCCAGCAGCAGCAGAUCCACCAGCUGCAGCUGAUAGAGCAAAUACGUAAUCAGGUGGCGCUGAUGAACAGACCGUCAUCCUCCCAGCCGGCUCUCAACCAUCACACACACCACAGUACCAAUACUGGGGCCCAAAGCGCUCCCUCUGUCGGUGGUCCGUCGAUACCAAGCCAGCUUCAGAUUCACAGCUUCAUCACUCCUCCGGUCCAUCAGCUACCAAUGAGAUUGCCAGCUUCUCUCGGUGGUCCAGGCCCGUCCUCUCUGACCUCAGCAAUGGAUGUGCCGCUGUCAAACACACCGCAGAGCCAGCCGUCUCUCAACUCUCUCAACUCUUCAGUGCCCAGCACUUCCUCAAACAAUUCGGCCUUCCCACCAACCAAUGGCAGUGUUCUUUCAUCUCUGCUGCCAUCCAUCUCAUCCUCCGGCUCGAAUAACAUCAACAAUGGUAGUAGUUUGACCGCAAGUGGCAGUGGAAUCAGUAGCAGCAGCUCAGCCCUCCCCAGAAACACCACCACACCUCCAUCGCUGAGCCACAGCAGUCUGCUAAGCUCAGCCUCCAACCUACCACUGAUAUCUCACAGCUCUUCCAGCAGUGUGAUCUUCCCCAACCCGCUUGCCAGCAUAGCAGCAACGGCCAAUGCUCUGGACCCACUCUCUGCUCUGAUGAAGCAUCGCAAGGGAAAACCCCCCAACGUGUCUGUGUUCGACACAAAACCAAGCUCCGAGGACCCAUUCUUCAAGCAUAAGUGUCGAUUCUGUGCCAAGGUGUUUGGUAGUGACAGUGCCCUGCAGAUCCACUUGCGCUCGCAUACUGGUGAGAGGCCCUUCAAGUGUAACAUAUGUGGCAACCGCUUUUCUACCAAAGGCAACCUCAAAGUCCACUUUCAGAGGCACAAAGAGAAAUAUCCCCACAUUCAGAAACCAUACCCUGUGCCAGAGUACCUGGACAAUGUACCCACUAGCUCAGGCAUUCCCUAUGGCAUGUCUCUGCCGCCAGAGAAGCCUGUUACCACAUGGCUAGAUAGCAAACCAGUCCUGCCCACCAUCCCUACCUCAGUUGGGCUUCAGCUUCCUUCCACUUUGCCAAGCAUGAUGGGAGGUUUUGGUGAGUCUCCAAGCCUCACCCCACUCAAUAGAUCACCUCAAAGAACUUCUCCACCCUCAAGUGAGUGUGCAUCUCUCUCACCGAAUAUCCUCACUGACUCUGGCAUGACCACUUUGUCACCCUCCCCAAAACCAAGCCUAGGGAGCGAUCCUCCUCCUCUCCUGAAGCCUGAGGGUAUUCACCUUCCCCCAACUUGCUCAAGACCUGGGGAGAACACCUACACGAAUACCACCGUGACUCAAGUAAACCUUUCCACAAAUGUCAGCUCUACCACCUUGUCUAGCAGUGGUCAGGUACCUGAACCAAUCUCAAAUCCUAAUCCUGUGUCCCACCCAGUCCUUCCCAUGCUCUCAGAUCAGUUCAAGGCCAAGUUUCCCUUUGGAGGCCUCCUAGAUUCUAUGCAAACAUCAGAGACCUCAAAAUUGCAGCAAUUGGUUGAAAACAUUGACAAGAAAAUGACAGACCCAAAUCAAUGUGUGAUCUGCCAUCGUGUCCUGAGCUGUCAGAGUGCACUGAAGAUGCAUUACCGGAUCCACACUGGCGAGAGGCCCUUCAAGUGCAAGAUAUGCGGGAGGGCGUUUACCACAAAAGGGAACCUGAAAACACACUUUGGUGUCCACAGGUCCAAACCUCCACUUCGUGUCCAGCACUCCUGCCCAAUAUGCCAGAAGAAGUUCACCAAUGCUGUUGUGCUUCAGCAGCACAUCCGUAUGCAUAUGGGCGGGCAGAUUCCCAACACUCCACUGCCCGAAAGCCUACAGGAGAUGGACACAGACCUUUCCUUUGAUGAGAGGAGCUUGGACGCAAUGAGCAGUUAUGAUGAUGACCUUCUGGAUGAGAUGGAGCAGGCAAUGGAUGAUGAAGAUGACCUGGGGGGAGUAGACAUCGACAGUUCCAAACCAUAUUCCCCUGGCUGCUCACCGCCCACCUCUGUCAUCUCAAGCAUUGCAGCUUUGGAAAACCAGAUGAAGAUGAUUGAUUCCACUGCUAACAUGAGCCACUCGUUCAGUCACAAGCUUUCACAGAAUGGCAAUGGCUUUGCAGGGGAGGGGGAUUUCUUCUCUCAUGACAACUUUUCUGGAGUAGGAGCUAUUGACGGUCAGAGCUUGGGGAGUCCAGCCCUAUCGGAGUCCUCUGACUCUUUGCAGCACCUGUCGCCAGCUCACAGCCAUUCAGAGAGUCUCCAUCCAAAGUCCCCCAUGACACUUCACAUUAACAAUGGCGGUGGUGCCUCAACAGCCGAAGAAGGGCAGGAGAUCCAUAUCCCAGUGGCAACAGUUAAGUCUGAGAAAUCGGAGACUCCCUCUCCGCUCCCUGCCUCUGAAGGCACAGGGGCUCUGGACCUGACUGCCACUCAACCUGGCAGGCAUUUCAUCAAGGAUGAGAGCCACUUCAACAUGCUGUUCCUCAGUAGAGACAGAGGCCUCAAUCCUCCAAAUCUGGCAAGCACAGCGUCUAACAUGAUCAAAAUGGAAAUGAACGGACAUGGUAAGACGAUGUCGCUGACGGACAGCCCCCACCUGCCCCUGGGCAUCCAAGUUCCAGCCGUGGCACCCCAAACAACCAUGAGCCCCAGCAUCACGCCAAUGCUCGCCCCACCACCUCCGCGGCGCACACCUAAGCAGCACAACUGCCACUCAUGCGGGAAGAACUUCUCUUCAGCCAGUGCCCUGCAGAUCCAUGAGCGCACACACACGGGCGAGAAGCCGUUUGGCUGUUCGAUAUGUGGAAGGGCUUUCACCACAAAAGGCAAUCUAAAGGUUCACAUGGGGACACAUAUGUGGAACAAUGCCCCCGCCCGCAGAGGUCGACGCCUGUCCGUGGAGAAUCCCAUGGCACUGCUGGGUGGCGAUGCCAUGAAGUUCAGUGAGAUGUUUCAGAAGGACCUGGCUGCUCGGGCCAUGAACGUCGACCCAGGCUUCUGGAACCAAUAUGCGGCCGCCAUCACCAAUGGCCUGGCCAUGAAAAACAAUGAGAUCUCAGUGAUCCAGAAUGGGGGCAUCACCCAGCUUCCCAUUAGCCUAGGGGGAACUGGAAUGCCUUCCCUCGGGUCGAUGUCUGGAGGGAUGGACCGGGUGCAUGCUGACCGUAGCCCUCCGAUGACAGGCAUGGAGAAGGCUGGACUUGAGUUGGGAUCCACCCGACCUUUCUCCAGGUUCAUGGAGGAGAACAAAGAAAUCGGAAUCAAUUAAAGACUUGCCAGUGUUAUUACAAGGUAGGCUUUGAAAAAGUCUGAAAGUAAAAAGAAAAAAAGAAACUGCUAAUACA